GGGGGGCCGCCGGAGCAGCUCGCCGUUCACCAUGUCUCUCAAGGAUCAGCUCAUCCACACUCUCCACAAACAGGAGAGUCAUGCCGAAAAUAAGAUUAGCGUGGUUGGCGUGGGUGCAGUUGGAAUGGCCUGUGCCAUCAGCAUCCUCAUGAAAGACUUGGCUGAUGAACUCGCCCUUGUUGAUGUUGUGGAGGACAAGCUCAGAGGAGAGAUGCUGGAUCUCCAGCAUGGCAGCCUCUUCCUUAAAACUCCAAAGAUUGUCUCUGGCAAAGAUUACAGUGUGACUGCACACUCCAAGCUGGUCAUCGUCACUGCUGGUGCCCGGCAGCAAGAAGGAGAGAGCCGCCUUAACUUGGUCCAGCGCAACGUGAAUAUCUUCAAAUUCAUCAUUCCCAACGUCGUUAAAUACAGUCCUGACUGCAAGCUGCUUAUUGUCUCAAACCCAGUGGAUAUUCUGACCUAUGUGGCCUGGAAGAUCAGUGGCUUCCCCAAGCACCGUGUUAUUGGUAGCGGCUGCAAUCUGGACUCUGCCCGUUUCCGCCACCUCAUGGGAGAAAGGCUGGGCAUCCACCCCCUGAGCUGCCACGGAUGGAUCGUUGGAGAGCACGGAGAUUCCAGUGUGCCUGUCUGGAGUGGAGUGAAUGUUGCUGGCGUCUCUCUGAAGGCUCUUCAUCCAGACUUGGGAACUGAUGCAGACAAGGAGCACUGGAAGGAGGUCCACAAGCAGGUCGUGGACAGUGCCUAUGAGGUGAUCAAACUGAAGGGGUACACGUCCUGGGCUAUUGGCCUUUCUGUGGGAGAUCUAGCUGAAAGUAUUAUGAAGAAUUUGAGAAGAGUGCACCCCAUCUCUACCAUUGUUAAGGGCUUGCAUGGAAUAAAAGAAGAUGUCUUCCUAAGUGUUCCUUGUGUACUGGGCAGUAAUGGCAUCACUGAUGUAGUCAAGAUGAUCCUAAAACCUGAGGAAGAGGACAAAUUAAGGAAGAGUGCAGACACACUGUGGGCAAUCCAGAAGGAACUACAGUUUUAAACCUGCCCAAGCAGUUUUUGGCUCUUAGCAGUUUAAUGGGUUUAGUGGUUUGUCUUACGUUGCACUUUCCAAGUAAGUCAAAUCUUUCAAUGUAUUAUCUCAACUAGAACACACAAAAAAGCUGAAGUCUGAACAAUGGAGUUUCCUGAAGAUAGCACUA